AGCGCCUGCAUCAAUGUAACAUCGUGCCAAGAUAAGAGGCUUUAUUACGCAAUCUUCCCGGUUAAAUGUUUUAAUUUGCGCCGAAUGUCGGGAAAUGAAGCUGGCAAACCUCACGUACGAGUUCUCUUGAAUGCCAAAAGAUACGCAGACGUUUAGGCAUUGUUGACUAGAAUGUCUCCUUCCAGACUCUACACAGCAUCUGUGGUGCCUCCUCUACCACUAAGUUCUUUUAAUGUUUCAAGCAACUUCUGCACAGAAGAGAAUAUCUCGGAGUGCAUUCAGUACAUCAAUCAGGAGUUGUCGUCUCUGUGCUUCCCGCCAAUUUUCCAUAACUCAGAUGACAUCCAUGAUCUGGAUGCUGUGGUUGCUUUAAACAACAUUUAUGACUUGCUUCAGCUACACCGUCGUGCUGUGGGAAUGAUGGAGGAGCUGGAGGUGGAGCAGCUUAAGUCCAGCAGUGACCUCCAUUACCAGCACCUCACCAACUCCAGACUAAAGGACCAGCUUGAACUUUCUAAGAAGGAAAACAUGCGCUUGCAUGAAAGAGAGCGUCAGCUAGAAACAAACUUAAAGACUUUGCAAAACAGCCUGAAAGAUGCAAAAGAGGAGGUACAAAGGCUGCAGGGUAUCAUUGCGAGUCGUGCCACACAAUAUAAUCAUGAUAUUAAGAGGAGAGAAAGGGAGCACAACAAAGUAAAAGAACGCCUCAGUCAAGUGCUUAUUGCCAAAAAGGAUAACAAACAAGGAAUGGAAAUUUUGAAUUAUGUUGGAAGGUCGGAUGGGAGAAGAUGUCUUUGGAAAACUGGAAAAACUGAAUCCAGACAUGAGGGAGAAAUGUACAGAACUCUUCUCAAUGAGUUUGAUAAUCGUCAGAGAGAACUAAUGCAGGAAAACAUAGAACUAAAGAAAGUGCUUCAACAAAUGAAACGAGAGAUGGUUGGACUUUUAAAUUCUAAGAAGACAUGCCAAAAAGAAGAGAAACAAAGCAAUAAUAUGGAUCAGAUGACUUUACAGACAAAUUCAGAUGACGAGGAUCCUUCAAAGGGACCUCCUGAGAUGUCAUGUGAUCAUGCUCGGGAGAAACUCACCAACAGCAUUCGUCAGCAGUGGAGGAAACUCAAGCAUCAUGUUGAAAGACUAGACAGCCAAGCAUCCUUGGUGCAAGCUGAAGAAAGCGAAGAGGUGAUCCCCAAACAACUUCACGAGGAGGAGACAGAGAGGCUCAAAGUAGAAAUACAACAGUGCAAAGAGUUCAUUCAGACUCAACAGCAACUUCUGCAACAACAGCUGAACACCCCCUGUGAUGAGGAGACAGCAGCAGUCCUGAAUGAUUCCUACAUGCUGGAAGAGAAGGAACGCUUGAAAGAAGAGUGGAAAGUGUUUGGAGAACAGAGGAAAAACUUUGAAAUGGAAAGGAGAAAUUUCACAGAGGCCGCCAUCAGAUUGAGCCAUGAGAGGAAAUCUUUUGAGGACGAUCGCGCAUUGUGGCUCAAACGUCAGUUUCUGAACACAACAUUUGCAGACCAGAUGAAACCACAAAGUCGCAUGACUGAUGAAUUUUCAAAGCACUCUGGUCAUGAGGAGAAACUUAUCUCAAUUUCUGGACAAGUCAGCAAAUCUCAUCUUUAGUCUGUCCACUCAUGGAACCGCUUGCAGAUGAACUUAUAUUCUUCCGACUGGAGCCAAUAUGAUUGAGUGUGAAUGAAG